AGGGGGCAGUGGUUUCAGGGCGAGCGGAGCGGGAGGCACAGGGUUAGGUGGAGCCUCUCCAGGCUGCCCGGGGACAGGUCGGACUGGUUUCUCCCUCCACAGUACCUGCUGCUCGCUCGCUCGCAAUCAUUUAUACCAGCAGAGAGGGGAAACAAGCCAGGCAGAUCAAAAGAGAGAGGAGAGAGAGGAUCUCUGGGGAACUCAGCAUGCCCGAGGAGGACCAAGAGUACUUUGGAAAACAUGGCGAGCCCAGGAAGUAUGACCCCACCUUCAAGGGUCCGACCCAGCACAGGGGCUGCACCGACAUCGUGUGCUGCAUCUUCUUCAUCCUCGCCAUCCUGGCGUAUUUUGCGGUGGGAAUACUUGCGUGGUCGCAGGGCGAUCCCAGAAAGGUGAUCUACCCCACGGACAGCCGGGGGCAGUUCUGUGGCCAGGCCGGCACGCCGCUGGAGAAGAAACCUCUGCUGUUCUACUUCAACAUCAUGAAGUGUGCCAGCCCCAUGGUGCUGCUGGAGUUCCAGUGUCCGACCACGCAGAUGUGUGUGGAGAAAUGCCCCGACAGGUUCAUGACGCUCGUCAAAGCCUACACCAACUCCAAAGACUUCAACUACUACAAAACCUUCUGCAAGGACGGCAUGAGCAGCUCCAUGUCGAUUCCAGACAUCCUCCGUCAAGGCCUCUGCCCCGCCAUGCUGACGCCCAGCAAGCCCUUCACUCGCAGGUGCUUCCCGGCUUUGGGGAAGCAAGACGGAGUCAUAACCGUGGGAAACACCUCUCACUUCGACGACGGCUCCGGGAACAUGAGGGACGCCAAAGAUCUGGUGGACGGAGUGAAGAACGCCACCGUGGUGAUCGAGGCUCGCCAAGUGGUGAUGAAGAUCUUUGAGGACUACACGCAGUCCUGGUACUGGAUCCUCAUAGGUCUGGUCAUCGCCAUGCUGCUCAGUCUGCUCUUCAUCGUCCUCCUGCGGUUCCUGGCCGGGAUCAUGGUCUGGAUCAUGGUGGCCUUGGUCAUCAUCGUCAUCGGAUACGGUAUCUUCCACUGCUACAUGGAGUACGCCGCUCUGAAGGGCGAGCCGGGCGCCGACGUGACCCUGCAGGACCUGGGCUUCCAGGCGGACUUCACCGUGUACCUGCAGAUCAGGCAGACCUGGCUGGCGUUCAUGAUCAUCCUGGCCAUCGUGGAGGUCAUCAUCAUCCUGCUGCUCAUCUUCCUCCGGAAGCGGCUCCUCAUCGCCAUCGCCCUCAUUAAGGAAGCCAGCAGAGCCAUCGGAUACGUGAUGUGCUCCCUCUUCUACCCCCUCUUCACCUUCCUGCUCCUGGCCGUGGUCAUCGCCUACUGGGCCGUGACCGCCGUUUUCCUGUCUACCUCCAAUGAGCCCGUCUACAAAGUCUUCAACGACUCCGACUGCGAGCACUCCAGGAAGACGUGCGACCCGGCGAACUUCUCCACCAGCCUGAUGAAGGGCCAGUGUCCCGACUCCGAGUGCCUGUUCGCCUUCUACGGCGGCGAGACCGUCUACCACAAGUACCUGAUCGGCCUGCAGUUCUACAACGUCUUCCUCUUCCUGUGGUGCGCCAACUUCGUGACGGCGCUGGGGCAGAUGACGCUGGCCGGCGCCUUCGCCUCCUACUACUGGGCCUUCGUCAAGCCAGACGACAUGCCCAGCUUCCCCAUCUUCUCCUCUCUGGGGAGGUCUCUCAGGUAUCACACAGGGACUCUGGCCUUCGGCUCGCUCAUCCUGUCGACCAUUCAGAUCAUCAGAGUCCUGCUGGAGUAUCUGGACCACAAGCUGAAAGGAGCCCAGAAUAAGUGUGCCAGGUUCGUGUUGUGCUGCCUGAAGUGCUGCUUCUGGUGUCUGGAGAAGUUUGUCAAGUUCCUGAACAGAAACGCCUACAUCAUGACGGCCAUUUAUGGUAAAAACUUCUGCACGUCAGCCAGAGAUGCCUUCUUCCUCCUGAUGAGGAACAUGAUCAGAGUCGCCGUUUUGGAUAAAGUGACAGAUUUCCUCUUGUUUCUGGGGAAGCUGCUCAUCGUGGGGCUCGUGGGCGUCUUCGCCUUCUUCUUCUUCUCUGGGAGGGUGAAGGCCUUUGAGGACACGGCGCCAAACCUGCACUACUACUGGGUCCCCAUCCUGACGGUGGUCAUCGGCUCGUACCUCAUCGCCCACGGCUUCUUCAGCGUCUACUCCAUGUGUGUGGACACGCUCUUCCUCUGCUUCUUGGAGGAUCUGGAGAGGAACGACGGCAGCGCCGAGCGGCCGUACCUGAUGCCCGAGAGCCUCCGCAAAGUCCUGAAGAAGAAGAACAAGGGCCAGCCGGCCGAGUAGAGGUCGGAGGUCAGAGCCGGGUUCGAACCCGGGGCCUCUGCCGUGUGCCGUACCGCCAUUCCCACGUCUCCAUCCAGUUAACGGUUUUUUUUUAUAUACGUAUGUAUAAAUAUCUAAGCGUAUUUUUAGCAUGUUGUGGAUGUUUUUAGGAACUGCAGCGUUUCAUGAAGGUACAAACUGUUUGAAAUGAGUCCAUAUUUAACCGUUCUGUUACCAAAGCCUCUGGUUUUUCCACUUCAGCCCGAUGCAGCUGGUGCAGCUUCAACUGCCGCCACAUGCAGAGAGAACUGGAGUUUUAGAGAAACUGGUCGAUGUAAAGGAUUUUAUUGGGUGCCUGUAUCGUUACGUCUCUGUAUUGUUUUUGUUUCUGGAGCGGAUUUGAAAUAAAACAUAGUUUUUAU